AUUUUCUAUAUUCCAUGCCUCAGCUAAAUAAGGCAAGGGCGGAACAAGUAUUUCGGUAGAUAGUGUAUGGGGGGGCGGCAGAAAGAGAUACGAAGGAGGCAUUGAACUGAUUCUCAUUGUUGAGUUUUUCAAGUAUUAUUUAGAAAAAAAUAAAAGGGAUAAAAAUGUCCUAUGAAACAAAAUACAUUUUUGCUACAUUGCCCAGGACACAAAGAGGACAACCCCUUGUUUUAGGUGCUGAUCCUAAAGGGAAGAACUUUUUGUAUACUAAUGGCAACAGUGUUAUCAUUAGAAACAUUGAUAAUCCAGCCAUUGCGGAUAUUUAUACGGAACAUUCUUGUCCAGUUAAUGUUGCAAAGUAUUCUCCAAGUGGAUUCUACAUUGCAUCGGGAGACCAAUCUGGUAAAGUACGUAUUUGGGAUACUGUUAAUAAAGAACACAUUUUGAAGAAUGAAUUUCACCCCAUUGGAGGACCCAUUAAAGACAUAGCAUGGUCACCUGAUAAUCAGCGUAUGGUAGUAGUUGGAGAGGGAAGGGAGAGAUUUGGUCAUGUAUUCAUGGCAGAAACCGGUACAUCUGUAGGUGAAAUUUCUGGUCAGAGUAAAUCCAUUAACUCUUGCGACUUCAGACCCGCAAGACCAUUUAGACUGAUCACUGGAAGCGAGGAUAACACCAUUGCUGUUUUCGAAGGGCCACCAUUUAAAUUUAAAAUGACCAAGCAGGAACACACUAGAUUUGUUCAAGCUGUCCGUUACUCGCCUAGCGGUAAUCUGUUUGCAUCUGCAGGAUUUGACGGGAAAGUAUUUAUUUAUGAUGGUACAACUUCAGACUUAGUUGGAGAAGUUGGAUCACCAGCUCAUCAAGGCGGAGUAUAUGGAGUAGCUUGGAAAUCUGAUGGUACACAAUUAUUAACUGCCUCUGGAGAUAAAACAUGUAAACUAUGGGAUGUGGAAACUCGUUCCCUCAUUAGCGAAUUUAAUAUGGGAUCAGCAGUCGAUGAUCAACAGGUCAGCUGUUUGUGGCAAGGAAAACAUUUACUUUCUGUGUCAUUAAGUGGAUUUAUUAAUUAUCUCGAUGUCGACAAUCCCGAUAAACCAAUUAGAAUAAUCAAGGGUCAUAAUAAACCAAUAACAGUAUUAACAUUGAGUCCUGAUAGAAGUACAAUUUAUACUGGAUCUCACGACGGAUACAUUACCAAUUGGAACGCAAGUACAGGAGAAAAUGAACGUGUUCAAGGUCACGGACAUGGAAAUCAAAUUAACGGCAUGAAGGCUGCAAAGAAUUUGCUUUAUACCGCUGGUAUUGACGACUCUCUAAGAACAGUGGAAAUUGCUACGAACGCUUAUGUAGACACAUCUGCUAUUAAGCUAGACUCCCAACCACGAGGUUUAGAUAUUUACAAUGACAUUGUUGUAAUUGCAACUGUUAGGCAGAUCACUGUUAUUCAAGAUGGCCGGAAGGUAUCAAAUGUACCUAUUGAUUACGAACCUUCCUGUGUGUCAAUUAAUCAGGACAAUGGCGAUGUAGCAAUAGGAGCUAUAUCGGACAAUACAGUUCGUAUUUAUACAUUAUCAGGCACAAGUCUGACUCCCAAAACUGAAUUGGAACAUUUAGGUCCAGUCACGGAUGUUUCUUACAGCCCUGAUAGUAAAUAUUUGGUGGCUUGCGAUGCGAACAGAAAAGUGAUUCUUUAUGUUGUUCCAGAAUAUAAGAGGCUCGCGCACAAUAGAGAAUGGGGUUUCCACAACGCAAGAGUGAAUUCCGUAGCAUGGUCUCCUGAUUCAACUAUGGUUGCAAGCGGUAGCCUAGAUACAACGAUCAUUAUUUGGAGCGUCACAAAUCCAGCAAAGCAUACUAUUAUUAAAAAUGCUCAUCCACAAAGUCAAAUAACACGUUUAGUUUGGCUUGAUGAGGAAACACUGAUCUCAGUUGGACAGGACUGCAACACUAAGAUAUGGCCGUAA